GAAAUUACACGGAAGAAGAAGAAGAGUCCUUUACAUUCAGCUAAUCUACAUUUGAGAGUUGUUUGGGUUUGCUGCAGUCUUGUGGUGCACUGAAGCCAUUGGAAAACACUGUAUCGCACCAUGAACUCGGCAGGUGGUGGUUGUUCAUUGGAGGUAAAUGACAAGACCAAGCUGUGUCGUUUCCUGUGCUACGGCUCAGAGGAACACGUAUAUAUCAGCGGAGAGCGUGAUCACAUCAGCCUGGAUGGCACCGGAGCCCUGCUGUCCCUGCUUCAGGAGGGCCGGGGCUGUGAGGUGGUGGAGGAGAUAAAAAGGUUCUCUCAGGAUGGGCGAGCUGUCAGAAUAAAUCCCUCUAUUUUUGCUUUGGCUGUGUGUUCCCAACAUUCAGAGCUGAAAACUCGGCAGGCAGCAUUUAAGGCGUUAAAGGAGGUUUGCCGGGACCCUGCUCAUCUUUUUGCUUUCAUCCAGUACAAGAAGGAACUGAAAGAAGACAUGAAAUGUGGGAUUUGGGGUCGUGCCCUGAGGAAAGCAGUAGCUAACUGGUACAAUGAUCAAGAUGCUAUGAGCCUGGCUGUAUCUGUGACCAAAUGUAAACAAAGAGAGGGUUGGACACACCAGGAUCUGCUCAGGCUGUCUCACACAAUACCGGCUCAUGAUGCAAUUGCUUUGGUCAUCAAGUAUGUCACUAAAGGAUGGCAAGAAGUCCAGGCUGCUUAUGGCAGCAAAGAGAAUUCAGAAGAGGUUGCCAGAGUUCUUUCGUAUCUUGAAGUGGUGCAUAAGGUCAACCAAAGUUGUGAUGGAAUCGAGGUCGUCAGUUUAGUAGAGGAACACAAGCUGGAAAGGGAACAGCUGCUAACAGAUCACCUGCAGUUCAAACAAGUGUGGAGAGCUUUGUUGAAGGAAAUGCCUCUCCAGUCAUUGUUGAAGAUUUUAGGUAAGAUGACAGGAGACAAAAUUCUAGAACCAGGAAGUUCAGAAGUGGCAGAUGCAUGUGCCAGAAUCCAGAGUGAGACAGCGCUAAAGAAGGCAAAGAUCCACCCCUUCAAUGUACUUGUGGCAACUAAAAAAUACAGUCGAGGUCAAAACCAUCGAGGUCGACUGGAGUGGAUCCCAGACAGCAGCAUUCUCAAAGCAUUGGACUCUGCUUUUUACAAGUGUUUUACGAAUGUGGAGCCUGUGGGUAAACGCUUUGUUGUGGCGGUGGACAUCAGCACAUCACUGACCAGCCUUGUCCCAGGAACAUCAGUCAGCACUGCUGUUGCUGCAGCAGCCACUGUGAUGCUCUUUGCAAGAACAGAAGCAGACACCCAGGUGUUGGCCUACUCCGAAGGAACUUUAGUUCCUUGUGCUGUUUCUUCCAACAUGACUCUUGGCCAGGCAACAUUUGAACUGGUUAAGAUCCCAAGUGACAGCACAGACUGUACCCUUCCUAUCACAUGGGCCACAGCGAAUGGGAAAGCUGUUGAUGUGUUCAUCGUUUUGACUAACAACCCAGUGUGGACUUUCAGUGUCAGACCAGUGGAGACUCUAAGGAAGCACAGACAGAAAUCUGGAGUAUGUUCUAAGUUGGUGGUAUGGGGGCUGACUUCCCCUGGACAGACCAUUGCAGACACUGAAGACGGAGGUUUCCUGAACAUCUGUGGUUUCAACCUUGGAGUUCUGAACAUCAUCCGUAACUUAGCCCAGGGUUUGAUCUGAUCACUUUUGCAGUUGACAAAGAAUGCAAAUGAUGGAUGACCCGGUGUGAGGAGUGACAUAAAAUGGCAUUAAUCCAAAAGUUUCUCACAUUUUAACUUUUAUUAUUGUCACUCACAAGUUAACUGACAGUGUCCAGCAGGCUGGGCGACAUUGUUGUGUGCAGCCAGCGGUCAGGGGUUUUGUGGGGGGGGGGUAACCCCCAAAACGUGAAUCGGCUGCAAAUUGGGAAUUAUCCGCAAACCGUUAAUUGCAAGACUUGAACACUGAAAGAAUAUCUCCCAAAACGUGAAUAUAUAUAUAUAUUCAGUUUAAGUAGUUUAUGGAUUUCAGUUUGCGGAUCAAUUACUGCGGGAAGUCUUGAUCACAGACCCUGU